AUGAGUCAACGUCAAUCAGUUCCCCUCACUGAACUUCGCCAUGGGAACCAACAACAAAUGGAGGCUGUCAAAGAGCUCGAACAACUAUUUUGUCUUGAUAAACCAACCUUAUUGAAAGUAGUCGAUGCUUUUCGAAAUGAACUAAUCGCAGGAUUAGCUGACGACAGAUCAAGUGAUCUCAACAUGAUUCCUACCUAUGUCACAGGUUAUCCCACUGGAGACGAAAAAGGUACCUAUCUUGCAUUAGAAAUUGCAGGUAUGGACAUUUAUGCCUGUCAAGUUAAAUUAAAAGGAGACAAUGGAAAAUUGGCCAUUAAUCAAUACCAGUAUAAAAUACCGCAAGACUUAGCCAGCGGUGAUGAUUUUGCCGUAUUGAUUGACUAUGUAGUUGAAUGUAUAUCAGAUUUUCUAAUGAGAGUCGGAACUCAAGAAUUAUUUAUUUAUCCCAUGGCUGUUUCUUUCGGUUUCGCCAUUAAACAAACAAGAUUGGAUACCGGUCGUAUCCUGUCCUUGGGGUACGGCUUUAGUUAUCCAAAUGGCGUCGGUGUCGAUAUUGUCGAAUUAAUGCAUGAACGUAUAAGAUUAAAAGGCUUACCUAUCAAAAUUGUUGCCACUGCUAAUGAUUCCGUGUGUACCCUACUCGCUCAUGCAUAUCAACAUCCAUCAACUCGUUUAGGUAUCGUUCACAGUCUGGGAACCAAUUGUGCUUAUUAUGAACCAGUAAAGAACGUGACAAAAUUAAAAGACACCAGUGUCACAAGAGAUGUCGAUAUGAUUAUGAAUACUGAAUGGUGUAAUUUUGGAUCAUCACGACGCACAUUACCUUGUACAUGGUUUGACAGAAAGCUGGCUAGAGAAUCCAUUAAUCCACAAUUUCAUGUGUUUGAAAAAAUGACAACAGGCAUAUUUUUGGGUGAACUGGUACGAAAUAUCUUAAUAUACCUUGUCGACAGAGAUAUUUUAUUUUGCGGCGAAUCGUCAGAAACCUUAAAUACCGCUCAUAGUUUCGAUACAAGUUACAUGUAUGUCUGUGAAGCGGACGAUUCUGAUACGCUGGAAGACACUCGUAUAGUAUUAGAAGAUAUGUUGGACCUAUCAAAGACAACUAUUGGUGAUCGUGAGGUAGUAAAAAAAGUGUGUGAAUUAAUUGGGACAAGAGCUGCUGUGUUAGUGGGCACUUCAAUCGCUGCUAUUGUUCAACAUAUGAUGGCAUCUACUGGUAUUGGUAUGACUGAUGAAGGUUAUGCCAUUUCUAUAAGUGGAAGUAUAUAUGAAGACUACCCAUCGUUUCACCCUCGUGUUUGCAAGACAAUUAAAGAUCUUAUCCCAGAUCAUAUCGCUGUUAAACUUUCGGUCGGAGUAGUUAAGCAUUCUCGUAUUGUAGGUGCUGCUAUUGUUGCCAUGAUGGCUGAAAAGAUUGCAGCAACAACUGCCACUCAAUCAUAGUCAUAAGUGUCCUUUGAACUAAAAAAAAAAAAAAAUAUAUAUAACAAAUAUCCCCCAACCUCCCCUCUCUGUUUAAUAUUUAGUUUGUUUUUUCAGAACUUACCUUCAAAAAUGAAUGCCCAUAGUCCUUAAAUGGUGCAACUCGGAAUUUCUUGGCUGUACUCAACUGGCCUGAUCCACUUACGGAAACCCCUGUUUAAAUAAACUGAUUCACAUCGAC